AUGGGUCUGUUUCAGGAAAACCACCAGGAGCUGUUGGGGAAAUUGCAGAUCAACCUGGAAAAAAUUCCAGAGAGGCCAAAAGGCCAAACCUGGGACUGGAGGAAGCUGCGGCAUGAGGAAGGAGCAGGUGCAAUAGCAGAAACCUUGACAACAGCACAUUCUACAAAAAUAGAGAAUUUUGACCGAAGUAGUAUAUAUUUGCAAUCUUUCAAGGAAAGCUUAGUAAAGACCAUGGGAACUCCAAGGUAUUUAAAAGGAAUAGUCCCAACUUCAAAAUUUGAGGAUCUCCUUCAACAAAACUUUCUCUUCAUUGAUGACCCCAGAAAGAUUCCAAGUCGCAACACAAAAGCAAGAGCAUUGAUGGGUGACUUAGCAAAGAAUUGGAAGCAGCUAAGCGGAGAGAAUGAGUGGGAAGGUCUCUUGGAUCCUCUUAACAUCAAUCUCCGCAAAUAUAUAAUUCACUACGGCGAGAGGGUUCAAGCUGUUUAUGAUUCCUUCAAUCACGACAAGUCAUCUGCAUUGUAUGGAUUUCCUCUAUACGCGCCCAAAGAUCUUUUCUCCAACGUUGGCCUAGAGAAAGGAAAUCCUUUCAAGUAUACCGUCACCAACUAUCUCUACGCAAUGACAGAUAUUGAUUCCAGCAUUGAUUGGAUAGUCAAGGACCAAUCUUCGUGGAUCGGUUACAUUGCAGUGGCCACAGAUGAAGGAAAGGCUGCUUUAGGACGAAGGGACAUUCUCAUUUCAUGGAGAGGAACUCUUUUGACUGGCGAAUGGUUGAAGGAUGUUAAUUGGCCUCUAACUUCAGCUUCCAACUUACUUGGGGAAACUCAUCACAAUCCUAAACCUCAUGUACUGAGUGCACUUAGGAAAUUGGUAGAUAAGUACAAGGACGAGGAAAUCAGUAUAACAAUAACAGGUCAUAGCUUGGGUUCAGCACUUGCAACAUUGAAUGCAGUGGACAUAGUUUCCGGAGGAUAUAAUAAGCCCACGGGAUCAGAUCAAGCAUGCAUGGUCACAGCUUUCGUGUUUGCAAGCCCCAAGGUGGGAGACAAAGGCUUCAAGACUGCGUUCAACAAACUCAGCAAUCUUCAUCUUUUGCACAUCAGAAACAUCAACGACAUAGUUCCUAAAUUGCCUUUUAUUUUCUACUUUAAAGUGGGAAAACAAUUCAAAUUUGACACUACCAAGUCAACCUACGUAAAGGCUGAUACUGCUAAGCGAAUAGGUGCUUUGCAUAAGUUGGAGAAUUAUCUUCACGGAAUUGCAGGGACGAUGUCUGAAGAGAGUGGUAAAUUUGAAUUGAUUGUUAAACGUGAUAUUGCACUCUUGAACAAAGGGGCGGAUCUUUUGAAGAGCGAAUUUGGUGUACCACCUGAAUGGUGGGAUCCUAUGAUGAACAAAAGAAUGGUUCAACAGAAUGAUGGCUCAUGGAAGUUAGAGUAUUAUGUUCCAGAGUGUCCUAGUGCUUAA